AUGUUAAAUAUUAAUACUCAAGGAGAAAAACUAAAAUAAAGUGCCAAUUAUAUAAAAGUAUCAUUUAAUCUUCAUCCAUAGGCUCUGUAAAAAGAAGUCAGUGAAUUAAAAGAAAAAAUCAACAAUCUUGAAUUUGAACUAUCAACUCUUAAAUUCCUAGAAUAGUACAUUUAACAUGAGAUACCAAAACAAGACGAAAUCAAUGAAGAUAGGGAAAGAGAGAAGCAGGAAGUAUAAUCUAAACUAAACAAGUUGCUUAAAGAAAUUUAAGACUUGAAAGAUUCUAAUUCAGAUUUGCAAUCCUAAUUAAAGGCUAAGGAUUAAUAAAAAUUAGAAAUAAUUGAAAAAAAUAAAUCAGAGCUAUCAAAAAAGCAAUAGGAUUUUGAAAAAUGCCAAGCUGAAUUAGAGGCUAAAAAUAAGUUAUUUGAUGAAAUGAAAAAAAAAGAAGAGGAAAAUUACACUAUAAUUCAAGAAGGUUCUGCAACUAAUUCACCUAUUAAUGAAAGAAAAAUGCAUGAUAUUCAAAAAUAUUAAAUCGAAAAUUAAAGAUUAAAAAAUGAAUUCCAAUAAUUGAAAAAAGAAUAUGAUAAUUUAACUAAUAUUUUUAAUGAUUUAGUUAAAGAAAGGCAUAAAUAAGAUGAAGAUAAUCAAUAAUCUGUAAGAGAUUGGAAAACUAAAUAUGAUUAAAUAGCCAAACUACGAGAUUCGGAUAAAGAGAGUUUCUAAUCUUAAUUAGAGGAGAAAACUAAAGUCAUAGCCAAUCUUUAAUAAAAGUUAUAUUAAAUCUAAAAGGAAACUAGUACAAAAGAAACAUAGACUCGUUUCUUAAAAAGAUAAAAGGAAUUGUCACUUUCAUUUUAAUGUGAUGAUGAGCAACUAGACCUAUUAGAUCAAACAUUAGAAACCAUUUCUAAUAGUUCUAUUUAAUAAAUUAUUACCAUGUGUUAAACAUAGGGUUAAUAAAAUACUUUAUUAAGGGAGCUAAAAAGAAUAAUAGAAGAAACAAUUAACAUCGUACAUCAAAAAUUAGCCACCUCUUUACCUUCAAUUAUUAAAACAUGUUGCGAGGUGAAAGAUUCCUCUUCAAUUUAAUUGUUAUAAUGA